UAAUCAGCCGUCCAUUACGUUCUCGUUGCUCGUCUGACCACCUCCGUCGUCCUCGCACCCCGCCUUUCCAACCAUCUCCGCCAUCGCCCGUCGUUUCCCCGCCUCACCCCGCACCCACCUUCCUCGUCGCUCUCCGUGUCUCCCAGCUGAACAGCCCGACAUAGAACAUCGUACCCAUCGCCCUUUCAGUCGAUAGCCUCUCACAAACCACGAUGCCUACCGCGGUGCAGAAAUCGUCCCGCCGCGCGCCCUUGCGCAUGGACGCCCAGGACGGCCCAUGGAGCGUCAGUGUAGCCGACAAUCCGUACGACAAGGGCUCGUACAACAUCUACAUCAAAACGCCCACGCACAACCUGACCCUCACCCGUUCCGCAUCCGAGAUCGUCGAGCUGCACCACAAGCUCGUGGACGCGAACCCUGCCAGCGCCUUGCCCGCCCUGCCACUCGACCUCUCCUCCGUCGCGUUGCCGCCCAAGCGCAAGUCCACCUUCCUCAACACCCUCUCCCGCCUCGCAUCUCCCGCAGGCAAGUCUACCGCGCGCCAUCCGUCAGGGCGGCGACCCCCGUCUCCCAUGCGCUCACCUUCCGCCGAGCUCCGCGACCCGUUCACCGACGUGUCUUCGUCGGCAGCGGCUCGCAAAGAAGCCGCGAGUACCGUCUCCAGUUCAUCGAUGGCUAGCCCGGGCACGAGUAGCCUAGCUUCGUACCUUACCGUCGUCGCCAACGACGGGGCUCUCCGGUCCACCCGCCCGUGGAAACGGUUCUUCCGCGUCCGGACGGACGAUUUGGAGAGUGUCCGGGUCGAGCGUGCCAUCAAGCGCGUCCGCUCCGAUCUUGCGGCGCAUAUAAGCCCGAAAUCUCCCAAAGGCUCGUACCCGGACCAGUCGCAGGACGGCGUCAUCAGCCUCAACGAGGCAGAAAGUAUCGCUUGGAGCGAGAACGAGCCGCCCGCGGAAGAGAAAGAAGAGAAGCUUGCAGAGGCAGUUCCGGACGGCCAUGCCGGUCAAGACGACCAGCCACACGCCGCCGAGAGCGUGGAGGCCGUCGAGGAUGUCCGGCCUUCGUCGCCGGUGUCUGUCAGGACGACUCGCACUGCUCGCUCUACACCGGCGGUGCCAGUAGAAGCGAGUGCCGAGCCUGCUGCAGCGUCCAUCCUCGACAACACUGUCGACGAUGAGGCUAACGGAACCUCUACGCCCGUUUCUCAUGAGCCAGAUGGGCAUGUGCCUCGCAUCCCCCGGUCUAUGUCCGCCGAGCAGACCAAGAACUCGCGUCUGUCUCGCGCCUUCUCGUCUCCAACCUCGACGUCGAACGCGACGCCGUCCGAGACCGGGGACGAGUAUGAGUCCUCCAUUUCUACUUCGACCGCCCGUCGCAAGAAGAAACGCGCCCGCUCCACUGACCCGAACAAGCUUCGGGAACCGAAGAAAUCGACGCGCAAGGUGACGGUCAACGACUUUGAGAUGCUCCGCGUGCUCGGCAAGGGCUGUGCGGGCAAGGUACUCCUCGUACGGCACAAGCAGAGCGCCGACCUAUACGCGCUCAAGGCGAUCACGAAGCGCCACGUGCUCGCCCACCAAGAGCUGCAGCACACGCUGACCGAGCAGGCGGUGCUCAAGCGGAUGGCCGCGGACGGGACGGAUCCCUUUGUUGUAAAGCUGUGGUGGAGUUUCCACGACAGGGAAAACCUGUUCCUCGUGAUGGAUUUCCACCCUGGCGGCGAUCUCGCCACGCAGCUCGCGCGCUGGGGCAGGCUGGGCCGCGACCGCGCGCGGUUCUACGCCGCCGAGAUCGUCGAAGGUGUCGAAGGACUGCAUGCCGCGGGCGUCAUCUACCGCGACCUGAAGCCGGAGAACGUGCUCAUCGGCGCUGACGGGCACAUCGUGCUAACCGACUUUGGGCUCUCGAAGGAAUUUCCACGCCGAACGAAUGCUAUCACGGCGCCUCCCACGCCAUCUGGAAGUCGCGGCGACUUCUACUCUGCGACGGAUCCAUCGCCGGACGCAAACGUGCCAGCGUGGAUGAAGACUGGCAAACCUGGAGAUCUCAGCGGCUGGUCCGGACCGGUUGGUCAGCAGGAUACUACCAGCACUUUUUGCGGCACGGCGGAGUAUCUGGCUCCGGAAGUGAUCCAGGGCUUGCCGUACAGUUACGAAGUUGACUGGUGGAGCUUUGGCACGAUGCUCUACGAGAUGCUGACCGGCAUUACACCGUUCUGGGCUAACAACCACGCGGACAUGUAUGUCCGCGUGCUCCAGGACGAAUUGCAAUUUCCUGAUGAUAGAACAAUGGAUCAAGAUACCAAGAGCCUUAUACGUGGGCUCUUGCAACGAAACCCUGCCCUUCGUCUUUGCGAACCUCGCAUCAAGAAGCAUCCGUAUUUCUCUAUGAUAGACUGGUCUCAUGUUUACUACAAGCGCUAUAUACCUCCCUAUAUUCCUCCCAUCGAUCCUUCGAACGCGGGCGAUACUCAGAACUUCGAUGAUACAUUCCUGGACAUGGCUCCAGUCGUCAAUGAUCCUAAUGACCAAGAUAACGCGACGGACACUGAUCGGGAGGAGACCACCGAUACGGAUCGCACCGAUGGAGAGGACUCGGUUCAGACGCCGCUUCAGUCCCGAAGUCCGUCCGUGCAGCCCGUUGCGGAUGACACCGUCGAUGUCUUCGAUGGCUAUUCCUUUAAGGGCCGUCACUCUGUCCUCCUCGACGACGAUGAACCGGAUUCGUCUGAGCAAGAGACUGACGAGGAGGAGGAGCGGAGAUCCGAGACGCCAAGCCACACCGUCGAAGAUAAAACUCCAGUGGUGCCUACUGCGGAAACCGUCACUCCUGAGACGGCGGUGGAAGUGAUCGUGGAGGACGUGCCCACCGAGGAAGAACCGAAGACCCCGGAGGCACGCAAGGCGCCAUUACCGGAGGUUGAAGCACCCGCUGCACCUAGCACACCCGUCGAAGAAUCCCCGAAAGCUGCUGAUGUCGUCCCAGAGCCUACGAAACAGGCGGAAGCGGUGCCCGCUCCGCGGCCGUCCAAGGAAGUUCGAAUCGCCGAGCCUUCGAAGGCAGAGGCGCCUCCCAAGGAACCAAGUGUCGAUGAGAAAGAAUCGCUGGAUACGGUUCCGCCCAUGCAGAAGCCACCGGUGUCGCGGCAACCCACGCGACAAAUACGUGGACGCAAGGAAAAGUCCGGCAUACCGGCUCUGGAUCGUUACUUGUCGGAAGACGAAGGUGGUGUCACCGAGCUUGAGGAUGACGACUGGGACUUCGUCGAAGCAGCUGGCGAGGAAGAACGAAAUGGAUCGAGAGGAACGACACUCUUCGCUCGGGGUGUCGUCGACCGAUACAAACUCUCGGUAUUCCGCAAAGGCCCUGCAUCGACACCGCAAAAGAUGACCUCUCGAUCGGUAUCAACCGUUACGACGGCGUCAGAGCUCCUUGGUUCGGACAUCGCCGAUUCUCCUUCGCCAUUGUCCAAGAAGCAACGGGGAAGGACUCCGCUCGCUUUUCGCCGAGCUCCCAAGGAGUUCUUGCGCGCCAAAUCUCCGCCUACAUCGUUCUCCCCCAAGUCUCGUGGCUCGUCCAAGAUUUUGAACAAGUCCAGCUCUGCGGCGCUAUCGGCCUCGUCUACUUCCAGCGCUAACAUUUUGACGCCUUCCACGUCCAUGGCAAGCAGCACGCCUCCGACGACGGCUCCGUCAUUGAGGACAAAGCAAUCAAUCGCUUCUGUGGGCACCACCCCGAGCAUGUCCUCGAGUGACAGUCAAGGGGCGAAUGGAGACGAUCAUAGCCCGACGCCGCCCGACAAGACGCCAGGAGAGGACAGACCGAAGAACAACAAGAACGUUUUGAAGAAGUACAAGGAGGCUUCGGAGAAAGUACUCUCCCUUUUCGCAUCCCCACGCCAACCAUGACCUAUCGGUGCGAACUCUCCAGCCAAAUAGCCCUCGUCAUCAUGUGUAUGAAAAAACGACCAUGCAUCUCUCUACUCCCAUAUCCUACACACACCCUCCUUUACUCGUGCCGUUGUCACUUCUUUCGAUUAUUCGAACUACGCCUGAAUAUUGCAUCGUGCUGUUUUUGUGGAUAUAACUCUAGUCCGUGCCGCAUUCCCACUUUCC